GAAGCGGAGCGCGAGCGACUCUCGCGCAGCUUCUGGAGUGAAAAAGCCGUUUGAGUGGAAAGAAGCGGCGAGAAUGCGGCGCAGCGCGCGGAGGUGAGGGCGGGAUGAGCAGCCUGAGGCUGUGGGAGCAGCUCCGAGCCGGCACCUCGGAGGUGGACUGGUGUGAGGGCAACUACCUCAUCUACCCCAACAUAGCGGAGUUCUACAACACGAUCAGCAAUGUCUUGUUUUUCAUCUUGCCGCCCAUUUUGAUUGGCCUAUUCCAACAAUACGCUACACAUUAUAACCGGGGAAUUUAUGUCAUAUGGGCUCUGCUCAUUGUUGUGGGCAUCGGCUCAACGUACUUCCAUGCGACGCUCAGCUUCCUUGGUCAGAUGCUGGAUGAGCUGGCUAUCCUCUGGGUGCUGAUGUGUGCUAUUGCAAUGUGGUUCCCAAAGAGAUACCUGCCCAGAAUGUUCCAGAAAAACAGGUUUCACUUUAAGCUGAUGGUUGGCGUGCUGUCUGGCGUCAUCACGUGUUUGGCCUUUGUGAAGCCGGUGAUCAACUCUGUCUCUUUGAUGACUCUGGGCAUCCCCUGCACGGCUCUGCUCAUUACUGAGCUCAGAAGAUGUGAGAACCUGCGUGUAUUUAAGCUGGGUUUAAUUUCUGGAGUCUGGUGGGCUCUUGCUCUUUUGUGCUGGAUCAGUGACCAGAUCUUCUGUGAGAUGUGGUCCACGAUCAACUUCCCUUACUUGCACUGUGUUUGGCACAUACUCAUCUGUCUGGCCUCUUACCUGGGCUGUGUGUGUUUCGCCUAUUUUGACGCAGCCACUGAGGCUCCGGAGAGAGGACCCGUCGUACUGUUCUGGCCCAGCGAGAGGUGGGCCUUCAUCGGGGUCCCAUAUGUUAUGCUGCUCCACACCCCACGGAAAUCCUCUGUCAAGGUGACAUAGAGGGUCGAGAACACAGGGAUAUUUAGGUUGUGUACAGAGGGGAUAAAGUGACGUAGAGAUGUCAUAAUAUAAUGAAGACCUCCAAAAUGUGCCUGUGCAUGCUCCACCCACGAAAAUGCACUCUUUUGAGGCUACUGUUAUGAGGUUGGACAAGCUUUACAGUAUUUUAGCAAAUGUCCCAUUCAGAAUAGCUCAUUUUAGAGAGUGAAUUUUAAAUUAGAUUUAUUCUGUCAUGCAUUCAACGUAUACAUAGCUAAUGUCAGUAAAUAUGGCAAGAACAGCAGUGGAACAGUGUUACUGACUGCUAUGCUACAGUUGUUAGUACUAUAGGCUACAAAGUUAGCUUAGCACAGCCGAAAUCUUUGAAUUUUCUAUAAAGCCAAUCAGUUAUAGGUUGAUCAACGAACACUUUGAUUACACACACAAAAAAAUCAUUUAAUGAGUUUAGUUUGCUGGCAACAUUAAAAAUAGCAUUGAACGUUAGGCUAAGCUUUUUAGUUGGAUGUCCAUUAUUUAAAAAUUUUGAUUACACAUAGAAGAACAGCUAUGAAAACAGUAGCUAUGAAAAACACGUUUGUAGAGGGAGCACUGAUCGGUCACUUAACGUAAAAGGUGAAUAAGGCUGUUAGGUAGCAUAAGCGAUUCUACCUCGGGCAGUCACUGUGUCAAUGACAAAGGCUCCAUUAGUGCACAAGUUUCCAUUCAAAAUACCAGCAGUUGUGAUGGAUGCUUGAGCUGCACAAUUAAUAUUGAAAGCACAAACACAGCUGCCUUUGUUUUAGAGUUAUGGUAAACAUAUCUAAUUGCUUCCCAAAAGACAUUUUUGAGGAAUUGGUGCCAAAUAUUUUAUAAACAAUGUAUAUAUGUCUCUUUUGAAUCAUUGAUGAAUUAAUGUGAUCAAUACAGUCAAUGCAAUAGCUUCAUUUGAUUACGUUUUCAGGAUUUUAUUUAUGUACUGUACGGCAGUAUGCCUAAUGGAAUACAUAUUGCACAUAAACCAGAUACAGGGAGCAGACAAUCUUUGAGCUAAGGCUAGGGGAAAUCCAUGGAUUUCUUUUAAAUAUCUGCAUAAUUUGGUUGGUGAGAUGGAAAUAAUGUCAUUCAGAGUGGAAAUGCAAAAUGGUUCAUUGUAGAGAAACUUAUACAGUCAGAUUGCUCUACAGCGAAUGUGAUAGGAAUGAGUGGUCACAGUGUGUACAAUGCAAAUCUAGCUAAUUUAAUUCCUAUCCAGAAUGAAUAGUGAACCUACAUGUAUUCUGUGUUGUGCUAUGUUAUGCUGGUGAUGGCAAACUAGUGGUAAUGGUAGUUUUCUUUAAGGGACUAUUUAGCCUUUUAGAUGUCCAGUUCCCACCACAACCAUUCUCUAGAUUGGAGCAUCUCACAUCAUAUCACUCUGAAUGACUUUGUUUACAUCUAAACAAUGAGUUCCCCUAAAGCUUUUGCCUAUCCUUGUGCUACUAUAACCCUAUGAAGACGUUUCUUUUGUUGAUGAACAUGUUCAUAUUCUUUCUUAUUAUCAUCUUAUAUAUAUGGUGUCACUUAAUAUUCUGAUUUGCUGAUAUUUUUAAGAGGGGUUUACAUUUUACAUUAAUUUAAAUAAUUCAUUUUCUACAUAAAUACAAGUGCUUUAAGAAAGACAUAUCAUAAGAAACCAUCUAUAAUCUAUGUCGAAAGAAAUGCAAAGGUACAUGAUGUUAAUGAGAAGUUGCUGAGUCAUUGCAUACAUACGUUGUGCAGUCACAGUAACUCCUCAUCCAAACACUUGAUUCAACUUUGAGAGGAACUGUUGUCACUGCCACUCCAGGAUUACCUCCAGGCUCAUAGACUGCAUGAUAUUAUAUUGUGUACAUUAUUUUACAUUUACAUCCUUGUUUUGUUUGAAAGAUGGCCACUAACCGUGGUCACCAAAUGAACCUUUAAAUUGAGGCUUGACACAUAAUACUGAUGUGACUUAAAAGGCCCAUUCAUGGAAAACUGAAUUUUCCUCACCAUUUUAAAUGGAAGUGCUGAUGUGGUGCAUGAACACUGUUAAAGUUUCAUGGCAUGACGUUCAUUUCUCAGGCCGUACAGUCCAUAUGUAGUCGCAAAAACAUAUAUUUGCCUAAUUGGUCUACAGCACAGAGUGUUUCAGCCUAGACUGCUUUUUGAUUGAGGCACAAUGCAGAGCAGCCAAUCAGAACAGAGUUCAUUUUCAUAUGUCAGUCUGAAAGGCACAGUAAAAAAUCAGCCUGUUUAAUUCUCAGGGAAAAAGAGAGGUUGGGAAAUGGGCAAAAUGAGUUAUGACUGAUUUUGGUACAUAAAAGGCACAAACUUUACAAGCAGACCUCAGGGGCAACAUUAAAAUACAAAAAAGAUGAAAUACAUAGAAUAUGUGUGUAAUCGUUAUUAUUAAGAGUGGUUUGAUGUGAAAUGGCUCAUUGUAGAGAAACUUACUGACAGAUGUUGAUGGUAAAAUUGUGGUAAAUCAGAAAAAAGGUUUUUUUGGGGGGUUUCUAUUUUGCCUUACAUGUUCUACAUGUACUAUAAAUGUGCUAAAAUACAGUAUAAACCAAAGCUUUACCUCAUGUAAAAGCUUUCUGAGAGGGAGCUUUUUGAAGUGUCUUCGGACGUUUGGUUCCUAUUACUGCAAGUGUGAACAAUUCUGACUCCGUGAACGGAGCGUUUCACAUCAAACUAAUCUGAAAAACUAGAUAUUAACAAUUUAACUUUGCAGCAAUUUUGAAAAAUGAUGGACUUCCCCUUUAAUAAGACAAAAACUACUUCAUCUGCCAGAACACUGACAGUUUACACUUUUAAGACAAGAGGGAAAGUGACUUGUAAACAUCCUGACAAUUCAAGGAUGUUUAUUUUCACCAUUUUAUGCAUUUGUAUAGUGAAUUUCUUCAGAAUCACAAAGCACAUCAGCUACUCCAUAUUAUGUAUUUUGAAUGUAUUUUGUAUUUGAUUAUAACACUUAAUUUAAUAAAUCACUACUCUGUUUUCCAACCCAAA